AAUCCGUUCUGCGCCCGAUGUCAUCCUAAUAGAUCGAGAGUGAGUGCGAGAUGUGGAUGCUCUCGCGUGAUGUUGGAUUGGAUUCAGCCGACCUAAUCUGGAAGCACUGCCGGUGAUAAGGGCGAUCCAAACAUUCGUUCGUGUACCUCGCUUGGGUUUGGACGCGUUUCCGAACGUGUACGUGGUUCUCCUUCGUGGAAUCGGUCCUUGCCAGCGCAGACACAGCAUCCGACCAGGAUAUUCCCAGCGCUAGAACGCGCUAGUCGGGCGUCAUUCGCGUUCCAAUCGUCAGUCGAGUUGCACGUGUUUUCCGCCGCUUGGUGCUUUGUGGUACGUCUACCUUUGCUUUGCUGUGGCGCGAUUGAUACCUGAAGUGUGGUGCCGACAUCGGACGACGCGUUUGCAGCAAUCAGAGCAGGCCUUGUUUAGGCUAGCAGGCAGAGUGUGGGAGUGAUUUGCUGAAGUGCGCCUACUUGGAUGGCAACAUUUUAAGGUGUUGUUGAUUUACACGUUGUUUAAGAUUCGCGUCAAUUAAAUCGUAUCGCUCUGAUAAGGAGAGUAAGGUUCAACCGUUGAUCGUCGGAAUUUAUAAAGGGGUUGUGUUUGUGUGAACCGCUGGUUUAUUGACAGUUUAUUGCAAUUUGAGUGAUUAUUUUGAAAAGCCUACUUUAUGAGAGCGUGAGUGAUACUGGAUUUGUCCGAUAACUAGUUGUCUGCUGAUAACGGCGAAGAAACUGUCCGCAACACCUGAGUGAUAAUCAAUAAUAAUGGAAUAAUUUCAUGAGUGAUUUUCGGCCUAUAUGGUGAAUAAUUUAGUGAUUACGUUUCGUCGCCCGAGGCGGACUGAGCGGGAAUCCCGAAAACACACUGCAACUCGUUAAAACUUUGGAUCGCAAUACUACGUACCAACCAACUGGUGAAAGAAGACGCAAAGUCUAAACCACCGCCAGCCACCCUAUCGCAAUUCCACCACACAGGCUCCACCUUUGGCUCCACCAGUAACUGAAAUCCUCCCACCACCACCCGUCACAGUGUGCUGCUGUAAAUAGAGCUGCUUCCCCGGUUGCAUACACCCAGGAAACUAUAGCAAGCAACCAACCAACUGUCGUUCGUUUCGUCCUCAAACGAUAGAACACAACGACUUGCCAUCCUCGACAAAAGGGCGUAUUAUUUCUGGCGUCGCCUACUUCGUUACGAUUCCGCAAAAUUCCGUGGAAGCAUGCUAAAAUAGAUCAACAAUUUAUAGCAUUUUAUUAAUAUUUAACGAGGCCAAAAUUGAAACGCGAAAACGACAAAUCGGAUAGAUAUAUAUACAACUAGCUCCGGUGCAAGGCGAGAAAGCAGAAUGCCAAGGGAAAACUAAUUACCAUUAUGAUGCAUCAGCAAUCGAUUAUGGGUCUAUUUUCGACACAAUAAUCGGAACUGACAAAUCGAUAUGCCCCUGAAACUGCUCGUAUAAUUCAAUCGAAAUCGGUGGACUACGAGUGAGAAAUCAUCGGCUGAGCUGGUUUUUUGCUAGACAAAGCAUCCAUUCUCCUGGAUAGAAUAGUAGUACAAUAAAGAAAAAUGACAAUAAUCAUAGUACCUUAUAGCGCAUAGAAAAUCUCUACUAUCUACUCACUCUACCCAACACCACUCGAAACAGAAAAAGUCAUUUAGAAAAUAGAAAAAAGCAGACGCAACGAGUAACGGGGCUAUCCAUCAGGGGUAGUUUUCCACAGAAACGACAGCCAAAAAGCGAGAGCGAAAGACGGAAGUUUUUGACCUGACACUAUAUAGUUUAGCGGAAGCUCUCUAUUGAACGACAGCGACACAUCACAAUGGAUUUAAAGCACUCCAACGUACCGGAAGUGACGGUAGUGGCCGAUGCAUAUAUGCCCGGCAGCAAAUCGUCCGAUCUGAUCAAACCACCCAUCAAUGGUUCCAGCGCAACGUUGGACAAACCAGCACUACCACCAGGAGAGUUCAAGGUGUACAAGCGGCGAUGGCUGGUGCUGGCAAUAUUCGUAAUGUAUUCCGCCUCGAAUGCACUCCAGUGGAUCCAGUACAGUAUUAUAGCAAACAUAGUUCAAAGAUACUACAACAUUACCAGCACAUGGGUCGACUGGACGUCGAUGAUUUUCAUGAUCCUCUACAUUCCGCUCAUCUUUCCGGCCAGCUGGAUCCUGGAUAAACUGGGUCUGCGGAUCGCAGCAAUCAGCGGUGUGCUAGGCACUUGCCUGGGCGCUUGGAUAAAAUGUUUCUCCGUCCGGCCGGACCUGUUCUGGGUGGGAUUCAUCGGACAAUCGAUUGUGGCCGCUUCGCAGGUGUUUAUCCUAUCGCUGCCGGCAAAGGUCGCUGCGGUAUGGUUCGGCCCCGAUCAGGUCUCCUCGGCGUGCAGUAUCGGUGUUUUCGGAAAUCAGCUUGGAAUCGCAGUAGGCUUCCUGUUGCCACCCAUACUGGUUGAAAAUCACACCGAUUUGGAUCUAGUGGGCGAUGAUUUGAAGCUGAUGUUCUACAUCGUAGCCGGAUUCACCAGCUUGCUGGUGAUCCUAGUACUCAUCUUUUUCAAGGCGGCUCCACCAACGCCGCCCUCGGCAGCCCAGGAGGCAACCAAGACGCCCAACCCGCUCCAAUCGUCACCAUUCCUGCACUCCAUCAAGCGACUAAUGCUGAACCGGAACUACGUCCUGCUGUUGGUGUCCUAUGGCAUGAACGUCGGUGUGUUCUAUGCCAUCUCAACCCUUCUGAAUCAGAUCGUACUCACCCACUACCCGGGGCACGAGGUGGACGCCGGCCGCAUCGGAGUCUGUAUCGUAUUCGCCGGCAUGCUGGGAUCCGUCGCUUGCGGUGUCGUGCUCGAUAAGACCCAUCGAUUCAAAGAGACAACUUUAGCAGUAUACAUAUUUACCAUGAUAGGCAUGUGGAUCUACACUUUCACCCUAUCCGUCGGUCACAUUGCCGUAGUUUACAUUACGUCGUCGCUGUUAGGAUUCUUCAUGACCGGAUACCUUCCGGUGGGCUUCGAGUUUGCCGCCGAGCUGACCUACCCGGAACCGGAGGGAACCUCCACCGGGCUGCUGAACGCGGCGGCCCAGGUGUUCGGCAUCGCCUUCACCAUGAUCUACUCGGAGAUUCUCAACAGCACCGGCGACAUCAUCGCGAACGUAACGAUGGCUGUGAUGCUAUUCAUCGGUUCGGCCGUUACGGCCAUCAUCAAGUCGGACCUGCGGCGCCAAGCGGCCCAGAACCCGACCGGUGCUUAAAGUGCCCAUCUGCAACUCCCAUCGCAAUUGUUCUCUGUCAUGGUUGGUAAGAAAAAAAAAACCCGUCACCCGAUCAUGUAAAACGGAUUUUUUAGGGAAAACAAUUUUUCAAAUCUUGAGAAAGAGGAUGAUUAGAGAAAGUGUAUAUUUUGCUGUUAUUUAUUCGCGCCGUAUCACACGUUGUUGAUUGGAAAGAUAUUUAAAUUAUUUUUAUAGCAAAAUGAACAUAAGAAGUAGCAAAUUUGAAAACCCAAACCAAAUAACUAGAAGACGAACAAAAAUUGAAAAUUUCGGUGGAUUUCAGUCUUCCAAAAUCCGCUCGGGGUAAGUAGGCUGCGGAAAUUAAUUAGCCGUCGAGCAAACUGUAAUCGGAUGCCGUCAAGUGAAUUCUUCCGCGAAACCCGAAUUUGACUGCGCUUCUCGCUCGACUUGGUAGGCGGGGUGCGUCGCGACGCGACGCUGGUAGGGUGUGAAAGUCAAUUAAAAUUCGUUUUAACAUUUUCUAUUUUCCCGCAGACGCGGGCGUUUAUGAAGGUAGUAGGUAUGCUGAGAGAAGUGCUGGAAAACCGACGACGUUGCGAAUAUCUUCAAGAAUGGUGGGUGGGCGUUCGGCAGCAUACAGCUCUGGAAGAAAACGAGCGAAAAACAAGAUAAACUAAUUGUGAGCAUUAAUUUUGUUGUGGUUUAAAAAUGGCGCUCGAAUUAAGCACGUGACCCUUUUUAUGCAGCAAUGAUUAUAUAUAGGAGGCUAUGUUAUGUUGAACAUAGCAACCGAUAAAUUUCAUGUUCGCAAUUUAGGAUCGCAGUCGCCAUAGUUAAUUAUUUUUCGUGAUAUAAUGCUUGCUUUGUGAUAAACAAUUCAGUACAACGAUUGGGCCUUCUCAGCCAACUUCAAGUUUCAGUUACCAGGCAAUAUUUUUUAAAACGAAGUCUAUUUUUGCACCCACAAACAGCCUUUAUUUUCCAAACAGCUCUAAAGUCUAUCACAAAUGUACCCAUGGCUCUGUCCGCACAAAUCAUCGUUCCAAUCCGUUCCGGCAGUUCCGGCGUGGAAGAAGCUUCUCACCAGCAUGCAUCUCGUUUUGGCCCAAUCCCCUUCCUGGCUAAUCAGCGUCAUCUCCGCUUCGUUGAACGUGAAGGUCCACGCAAUGUUCCGAUCGAUGUCCUGAUCGGUAGCCCAAAAGUCCUGAUCUUUGUACUGGGGCUGGUUAAGUAGCCUGCCUAGUUCGUUGUAGUCGUCUAGGGACUGUGCCGUGGCCAGCUGCAUGCCCUUGUCCUUGCAGUUUGACCAAGCUUCUUCGUAUGUUACCUUUCCGUUUUGAAAUUCAUAAGUUCUUGAUUUGGCGCCUACUUCGAGUAAGAAUAGCGUGAAAAUAGGUACGGCAACAU